CCUUUGCCAACUACCAACUCUUGUUGUGAAUCUGCAAAAGUUUGUACAAUUUCGAGAUAAUCAUCCCAAUGUUCAUCCUUAAUUGGUUUUAUGAUGCUCUAGCUGCUCUUGGUCUUGUGAAUAAGCAUGCCAAGAUGCUUUUCUUGGGUUUGGAUAAUGCUGGUAAAACCACAUUGCUGCACAUGCUGAAGAAUGACCGUUUAGCUGUUAUGCAACCUACUUUGCAUCCUACUUCUGAAGAGUUAGCUAUUGGAAAGGUUCGUUUUACAACCUUUGACUUGGGUGGUCACCAACAAGCUCGUCGUCUUUGGAGAGACUACUUUCCAGAAGUGAAUGGCAUUGUAUACCUUGUUGACUGCUGCGAUUUCGAGCGUCUUUCCGAAUCUAAAGCCGAGUUGGAUGCUUUGUUGGCUAUGGAGGAGCUUGCUAAGGUUCCUUUCUUAAUUCUCGGUAACAAAAUUGAUGCGCCUGGUGCUAUUUCAGAGGACGAAUUAAAGGCUGCUCUUGGCUUGUAUCAGACAACCGGUAAAGGUGUUUCCAAGCCUGUUCCUGGAAUCCGUCCCAUCGAAGUCUUUAUGUGCUCGGUUGUUCUUCGUCAAGGAUAUGGAGAAGGUUUUAAGUGGUUGGCUCAAUACGUUUAAAUUUCCAGAAUUAUUCUUACCUAAUUCGGAGUAAUCUUUGCUAAUCUACUUCUGCUUGAUUCUUCUUUAUUAUUCUAUUCUUUGGUCUAUCCCCAAUCCAUGUUUUAAAGAUGGUUGAAUUACCACAUUCUCCUUUUGGGCUGGUUUUCGUUCGUCUAGAUUGUUUUCAUGCUUAUUUUUUUUUAAAUCCACUUGUGGAUUCCUUUUGCAAUAGUUCACCAUGAGCUAUACAUUAUUACAGGUUUCAAAUAGUUGCGGACAUCUUGCGUUUUUCCAUGACUGAUGGAUUAUCAUUCUGAAUAGACAGGUCUAACCGUUGUUUUACCUUCAGCUAGAUUCGAUUUCAAAUUUUCAUAUGCUUAAUGACUGCCUUCCACUCACAUUCCUAUGGACUUAGUUUCAAUUGUGAAGAUCUUAUUCGUAGAGUUCAUAUUUAAAUGUAUCACUUAGGGAUAAUAAAUUCCUUUUUACUCGUUAAA